UUAUCUCAAGCAGGGAGAGAGGUCUUAAUCAAAGCUAUGAUCCAAGCUAUCCCUACUUAUGCCAUGGGAUGCUUUAAAUUGCCAUUGGGGCUCUGUGACGAUAUUGAAGCAAUGAUUAAGAAGUUUUGGUGGGGGAAAAGAGGAAAUAGGAGAAAAAUUCACUGGAUCCGGUGGAGCGAAUUGACUAAAUCCAAAAUGGUGGGUGGAAUGGGUUUUCGCGACUUGGCUCAUUUUAAUGACGCCCUUUUGGCGAAACAAGCGUGGCGGCUUUUGCACAACAAGGAAACCCUCUUUUACAAAGUUUUUAAGGCCAAGUUCUUCCCCAACACUUCUCUGUUAGAAGCUAAGGAAACAAGUUCGGGAUCCUAUGCUUGGAAGAGUAUUCUUUACGGCCGUGAUGUUAUCCUUGACGGUGCUUGUUGGAGGGUGGGGAAUGGAAAGUCCAUAAAAAUAUGGCAACACCACUGGCUGCCUCGAAAACACCCAACCAAGAUCCUCUCUCCAAUGGUGGAAACAAUGGAAGAAGCCACAGUGGAUUGCUUAAUUAAUGAGGAAACGAGAACUUGGAAUGUUGCUAUGAUUGAUGGAAUUUUUGCUCCACAAGAAGCUGAGGAAAUAAAGAACAUCCCCCUGGCUAAAGAAGACUCUGAAGACUCUCUGUAUUGGCCAUGGGAGCAUGAUGGGAGGUAUAGUUGCAAAACGGGCUACCGCUUCUUGAAGGAAGAUGAAGUUGGUUUUCAAGUGCCUGUGCACCAAGAGCAUGAGGAAGGGUUAUGGAAGAAGGUUUGGGCCCUUGACUGUCCAAAUAAAAUAAAAAAUCUCAUCUAGAGAGCUAGCCAUAACUCU